ACGGUCGUCGCGACGCGUGCACAAACGCUAUGUCCACGAGAGAAUGCUGAGUCUACAGAUCAUCAUCGUCGGAUCAUUGUUGCUUGCCGCCGGCGCCUCCGAUAUCCUCAACGUCGGUGGCAUCUUCGACAGCGAGAACGAAAACAAGAAAAUCGCGUUCGGUAGGAGCAUCGACAUCAUCAACAACAAUGGCGUGUUGAAGAAGUACAAGCUGCAACCGCUGCGGGAGCAUAUCGAGCCGGACAAUGCUCUGGAGGCUUCGCAAACGGCCUGCAGUUUACUCUCGGCUGGAGUCCUUGGCAUCUUCGGACCAGUUUCGGAGGAGAACUCUCAGGGAGUUCAAUCGGUGUGCGACACCAAAGAGAUACCCCACAUCGAGACCAGAUACGAUGCCAACCAAGUUCGGGACUCUUGCUCGGUCAACUUCUAUCCGCAUCCUUCGGUGCUUUCCCGUGUUUACGUCGAUAUCGUCAAAGCUUGGGAUUGGAAGAGCUUCACCGUUCUCUACGAAAACAACGAGGGACUCUCCAGAAUACACGAGCUUUUGAAGAUGUACGACAACAAAGGUUACACAGUUGUCGUCCGACAAUUGGAUAAAGGCCGCACAGGAAACUACAGGCCAGUCUUAAAAGAAGUCUGGAAAUCUGGAGAGACACACUUCGUCUUGGAUAGCACCAUUGAGCACUUGGAAGAAAUCUUGAGACAAGCGCAGCAAGUUGGUCUUAUGACCAACUUGCAUAACUACAUUAUUACAAAUAUGGAUAUGCACACCAUCGACCUUAACCCUUACCAAUAUAGCGAAACCAACAUUACAGGGAUUCGUUUCAUCAAUCCUGAAGAUAACGAUGUCAUGGAUAUGGCCAGUUUUUUAGAAGAAGAGAAGGCUGCAAUGGGAAAAGAACACGAAGAAAACUCAUACAUAGCAGCAUGGAAAUUACAAGUAGAAACUGCUUUGAUGGUGGAUGCAGUGAAAGCUUUUGCUAUUGCCAUUUCCGAGCUACAAUCUGAUCAGAAAUUCAACGUGGAGCCUCUUUAUUGUAACACAACAGAUAAUUGGGGUUACGGCUACAGCAUAAUAAACAUCAUAAAAACAAACACCAUAAAAGGAUUAACCGGGCCCAUCAAAUUUGACAAUCAAGGAUUUAGAAGUGACUUUUCUGUUGAUAUCAUCGAAUUGUGCGAAGGUGGAAUCACUAAAGUCGGGAAUUGGAAUACAAGUGAAGGACUGAAUAUCACAAGAACGUAUCCGGUGAUGCCACCACCGGAUGAGCUUAGUUUACAAAACAAAACGUUCAUCGUUAUUACAGCCAUGACUGAUCCUUACGGCAUGCUCAAAGAAUCCCAAAGCAGUUUAACAGGCAACGACAGAUUUGAAGGAUUCGGUAUCGAUCUGAUCCAUGAAUUGUCUGUGAUGGAAGGUUUCAAUUACACGUUCAUCAUUCGCGAGGAUAAAUCCAAUGGAGCCAAGCAUCCAGUCACAGGGAAAUGGUCGGGAAUGAUUGGUGACCUAAUGGACUUUAGAGCGGAUUUAGCUAUCACGGAUUUCACAAUCACUUCGGAACGUGAGGAAGCUGUCGAUUUCACAUCGCCCUUUAUGAAUUUAGGUAUUAGCAUUUUGUUCAAAAAACCGAAGAAGGCGCCACCAAACUUCUUUUCGUUUGCUGAGCCAUUUGCCUUUGAGGUGUGGCUUUGGUUGGCCGGAGCUUAUUUCAUCGUUUCUAUUUCUUUGUUCAUAAUGGGAAGGCUUUGUACUAGCGAAUGGACCAAUCCGUAUCCUUGCAUUGAAGAACCGGAUUUUUUAAUAAACCAAUUCAGCUUGAGGAAUUCGUUUUGGUUUACCAUAGGAAGUCUUAUGCAGCAAGGAACAGAAAUUGCACCAAUUGCUGUUUCUACGCGUAUGGUAGCUGGUAUGUGGUGGUUCUUUACUUUGAUCAUGGUUUCUUCUUACACUGCAAAUUUGGCUGCUUUCUUAACAACGGAAAAUCCAGAUUCACCAUUCACAAAUGUACAUGAGCUUGUUCAAAGAGCACCAAAAGCUGGGAUCAAAUACGGAGCAAAGAAAAAUGGAGCUACUGCUAAUUUCUUCAGAGAUUCGGCUGUUGAAGAUUACAAGAAAAUUUAUGAUAACAUGAAGAACUAUGAGGAUGAAAUGAUGAUGAAAGAGAAUAAAGACGGUGUGACUAGGGCUGAAUCUGAGGAUGAACAAUACGCUUUCUUCAUGGAAUCCACGUCCAUCGAAUACGAGAUCCAAAGGCAUUGCUCUUUAACGCAAAUCGGCGGUUUGUUAGACGAGAAAGGUUAUGGAAUUGCUAUGAGAAAAGAUUCACCUUACAGGAAUAUUCUCAGCACAGCGGUGUUGAAAUUGCAGGAAUCUGGAAAAAUAGCGGAUUUGAAGAGGAAAUGGUGGGAAGAGCGACGCGGCGGAGGACAAUGCACUGGUGAAGCGGAUUCCCAAGAGGCAAAGCCUUUGAAUUUGAAGAACGUAGGUGGUGUGUUUUGGGUGACCGUGGGCGGAACGGUGAUGGCCUGCUUCAUGGUGUUCCUAGAAAUGGUGCUGCACGUAGCGAAGGAAUCGAUUAAGAGAAAGGCGACGUUCUUGGAGGAGUUCAAGGAAGAGAUAAAGUUUUAUUUCAAAUUUAAAGGAAGCGUGAAGCCGGUCAGGAUGCGCUCCUUCUCGAAGUCGCCUGAAGCAAGCGCCAAGUCGGCCGAAUCCUUCGGUGAUCUGGCCAUCGAGGUGCCCAAGAAGUCUCUGUCGAAAUGAACAGUUUCACAAUAAAUAGUACUAUUACUACAACUACAA